AUGCCCGGGAGAACCAGCGACGGCCAUGCGGCCGAGUCAUCACGGAAGCGCGCUCGGCGCGGCGAGCUGGGAGAUGGCGAAGAGAUUGUCGACGUCCAGCGGGCGAGGUCAAGUCUACUACAGGCGGAAUCCAGGAAACGAAUCCGCCUUUCCGAUCCCGAGCACAUCAAGGUCGAACGAGGGAUCAUUCGAGACGUUACCCCGGUCGACGACGAUGCCGAAGACGAUGAUGCGGAUGCGAACGAUGAUCCUACCUCGCCAAACUCGCCCCCCAAAACCCAGUAUGAGUUGAUGCGCGACAAUAACUUCGAGCAUCUCCGCCACGCGGCUGCCGACGACCAACGUGCCACCCAACGUCUCCGUUUCCGCCCGAGUAUGCUGGGCAACAGCACCAUUGCAGAAAAUGGCAUUAUCGAGAGCGUCACUUGCGUCAACUUUAUGUGCCACGUGCGCCUCCACUGCGAACUCGGCCCCCUCCUCAAUUUCAUCGUUGGAGAAAACGGUAGCGGCAAGAGCGCCAUCCUGACGGCAAUUACAUUGUGUCUCGGCGGCAAGGCUAGCUCUACAAACCGUGGUGGCAGCUUGAAGAGUUUUGUCAAAGAAGGGUGCGAGCGCGGCGUCCUCAUCGUCAGAAUCAAAAACCAGGGACAAGAUGCAUAUAAGCCCGAUAUUUACGGCGACUCUGUCAUCGUAGAACGCCAUUUCUCCAAGUCCGGUAGCAGCGGAUUUAAGGUCAAGACCGCCAUCGGCAUGGUUCACUCAACUAAGAAGCAGGAGGUGGACGAACUGGUCGAGUACUACGCCCUCCAAGUCGACAACCCGCUCAACGUCCUCUCCCAGGAUAAUGCCCGCCAAUUUCUCAAUGCGUCAACCAAGACCCAGAAGUACAAGUUCUUCAUCGAAGGCGUCCAACUUCAGCAGUUAGAUAACGACUACCGGCUAAUUUCGGAAAGCCUGGAACAGAUGGUAGCCAAGGUACCUGAUCAGCAGGAACGGGUCAAGCUUGCCAAGGGCGGGCUGGAUAAGGCCCAGCGCCUCAUGGAUGAGUUGGAGGGCAGCCGUCAAGUUCGCAUCAAACUCCGGACUCUACGCCACCAACUAGCUUGGUGUCAGGUGUUCCAAGAGGAGGCGGAGCUGGUUCAGAGGGAGAAAGAAUUGGCCCAAGCCGAGACCCACGUCGUUGAGGCGCAACAGGAGGUACAAGCCAAAAACCAAGCUCUUGAAGUUGCGGAUGAGAAGGUGGAACGCGCCAACAAUGCCUGGGAGGCUGUUAAGGGAGAGGGAGAGGAAAUCGGAAGGUGCCGGACGGAGGCCAUCGAACACCACCAGCGGUUGAAGGCGGAGAUUGCACAGCUCCAUGCCGAGGAGCGGGAGGCUCGAGAGCAAUUGAAGUCCAAAACUAGGUCUGUGAACGAGGUCAAAGAGAAAAUUGCUGCGGAGGAGGCUCGGCUUCAGGCUGCCAAUGGUGAUGGCCCCGCCCGAAAGAUGCGAGAGCUCGAAGCAGCCAAGGAGAAUGUCACCCGGAUCCAAACGGAGAUCCAGAAGAACAGAAAUCGUGAAGCCCCACUGGAAAACGAGAUAAAGGCCAUCAACGCGGAGGUGGCCGGGUUCGAUAGUGAAAUCAGAGAGAAACGCGACAAAAUCGACAACAUCCAAACCAGAAUCAACGAGUUGGAAGAGAAUAGGGGUACAUUGUGGGGUGCCUACGAAAGGGGUGUCCCCGAGCUCCUCGAGAGGAUCAACAACGACAGCUCUUUCCGAACGAAACCAAUCGGGCCGUUAGGUGCGCACGUUCAGCUUCUCAAACCUGAGUGGUCUGGUAUCCUCGAGAAGACAAUAGGCGGCAACCUCAAUGCCUUCGUCGUCAGCUGCAAAGCCGACGAGACGAUUUUGACCCGAUUGAUGCGUCAGUGCAAUGUACGGACCUGCCCUGUCAUCAUCUGCAACUCUCGUGGGCUUGAUACCAGCAGAAAUGAACCCGAUUCGGAGUACGACACAAUCCUGCGGGUUCUCGAAAUCGAGAACCCCUUGGUUCGGGACGUGCUCGUUAUCAACAACAUGAUUGAACAGGUGAUCCUGAUUCCCGAGCGCGUGCGGGCGCAAGAGGUCAUGUUUGAUAGCGCUCCGCCCCGGAACGUUAAAGCUUGUCUGUGCUUCCACGAUGGGAGGCGUGACGAAGGUCUUCGGCUGACGGUGGCCGGCAACGGGAUUAGUACUUCCCCUAUUCGUACUAAUACCUCGGCGCGGCCUAGGAUGAAGACAGGUGCGAGUUCUCAGAUCGCGCUGUUAAAUACUUCGAAGCAGCACCUCGUUGCCGAAUACAAGGAACUAAACCUUCAGAAAAGCCGGCGGAACCAGGACUGCGAGCGCCGAAGAAAAGAACAGGGGGAGGUGAAGGACGGUCUAGCACGGCUCCAGGACGACCUGAGAUACACGGAAGCUGAAAUCAACCGCAUCCAGGAAGCGUUGGAUGAGCUCGAGGGGGGCGAUGGCGUUUUGUUGGCUCUCAAAAGCCAUCUCGUGGAACUCGAGCAGGAUUACAAUCAUGCUGGGAUCCAGUUCGGCUCGCUCAGCGCACAGAAACAAGACAAAAAUGUAAUCGUGGAAGAAGCCAGCCAAAAGGUGAAAGAAGCAAAAACACAGCUGCUUGACUGGGAAGCCCGGCUCGGAAAGGCCGACGCCAAGGUCAAGAAAGCCGAGGAUGUACGCCUCCUCUGUCUUGUCGAAAAAAACGAUGCCAUCUCUAAGGAAGCCGAAAGCGUCGAGGCGAGGGAGAGAGCGGAGCGACGGCGGGCGAGGCAAGCGGAAGGCAUCCAGGAAAUGAUUGACCAGGCUCGGCAGGUGUGCGAAGAGCGUGCGUAUGUUCCAGAAGGAGAGACGUUCGAGGGCAUCCAGAGGCAGUACUCCACCCUCCACGAGCGACUCAAGCGGAUCGAAAACAAACGCGGGAUGAGCGACACCGAAGUGCACGACUACUUCGCCCGCAUGCAAGCCGCCCACGUUCAGGUGGUGGCCGACCUCGAGUCCAUCACCGAAGUUAACGAACGACUGCGAAGCACGCUUAAGCUACGGCUCGAAAAAUGGCGCAAAUUCCAGCGUUAUAUCUCAUCUCAGUCCCGCGCCAACUUCAUCUACCUGCUGAGCGAGCGCGGCUUCCGCGGCAAACUGAACCUUGACCACCAGGAACGGUCCCUGGACCUGCAGGUUGAGCCGGACAAAACGGAGAAGCGGGCGGCAGGGCGCAGCACCAAGACGCUUUCAGGCGGCGAGAAGUCUUUCUCUUCCAUCUGCCUGCUCCUGGCCAUAUGGGAAGCCAUGGGCUCGCCGCUGCGCUGCCUUGACGAAUUUGAUGUGUUCAUGGACAAUGUCAACCGUGCUAUUAGCACGAACAUGCUGAUCACCGCCGCGAGGCGUUCCGUCAACCGCCAGUAUAUCUUUAUCACACCGAACGCUAUCGAAAGUCGCAACACACUCGACAAGGAUGUCAAGAUCAUUCGCUUGACGGAUCCACGCCAACGGACGCUUGCCGACCACUAA